AUGAAUGCGUUGAUGUCGUUAUCAUCUCCGAAUGGAGUGGCGUCCGGGGGCGUCAAAAUCGUCGCGGCAUACUGCGAUUCUCGCUCGGACUCGUCAUCGGUUGCUGCGAAUGAUGUGAGGAGGGAUCUCUUGGGAUUGGGUCUCCUCCGUAUCUCCACGGCGUCUUCCCUUGAUUUCGAUGGAGCCACCCUUUUGUCCCCAUGCUUCUCGGCGUAG